ACGCUAUCGACUACGCCCCUCAGUAUAAAGUCCCCCGCCUUUCUACAACUUUACAGAACUAUGCAAAAACAGCCUAAACACUCUGUCAACAAUCCGAAUAUCACGUACUGUUCGGUUGCUCCACAUACCAUCACUAAUCUCGAAGAACUCCUCCUACUUAGUCGGAACCACGGCUUGAAUCAUCACUCCAUCGUUCGUUGAGGUUCCUUGUGGUCGAAACCCAGUCUAGACUGGUGAGGAGCAUCCGCCGUCUGGAACCUGUAGGUCAACGAUGCUCAUCGAGGCCGUUGGACGGCGAUCGCGACCAAACGUUACCCUAGGCUCGACGUCAUGAUAAAAAUGGGAUUGCAGGCGCUGCGGCUAUGUACCAUCCCAAAUUGAAAUUGACUAUUCUUGUAGAUUUAUAUUGCAUGCCAGCUAAUCCACCAAGAUCGUAUCGACUUCGAAGCUACACUUCUAGCUCAGCGGGUACCGAUACCCGUGUGCGCCGAGAAUGCGAUGCAGUUUCCAUAUAGUGAUCACCAAGAUUAGGAAACCUAAGCAUCUGAGAUGUACACCACACGACGGUAUAAAAACCACCAACCAAGUUCCUUUCUGUUCAUUCCUCCAAGCUCAUCUACGCCUUGAAAUGAAGUCCUUCGCAGUCCUCGCCGUCGUCCCUUUGCUCGUCGCUGCCGACCAUCGGUUCACCCUCGUCAACCGAUGUGGAAACGCUGUCAAUGCUGUCGUUGCUGAUACCAAGUGUGGCUACAGUCCUCGCUGCGCAGGCGCUUCGAGCUACACCGCCGCUCAGCCUGGCUCAAUUGGAGCAGGGCAAACGAAGACGAUCACCAUUCCUUCUAACUGGGUUGGUCGUAUCUUCGCUCAAAAUGGACAUUGUGGAGCUAAGGGAGAGAGCUGCACUGUUACCGAAUACAACCUAGACUCUGGAGACAAGUUCACCCCGCAAACGUACGACAUCUCCAACAUUCAAGGUUUCACUCAGUCCGUAUCCAUCAAGGCCGAUGGAUGCGACACUGUGACCUGCACCAACGUCAAAUGCGACUGCAAGAGUGCUUACCCUCCUGGAAACACGGCUGGUUGCGGAAGCACGGUUGACAGCCCGGUAAGGGCUUGUGGAGCUGGAAAUGUCGGUUUUACUGUCACUUUCUGCCCUUAAUGCUCGAGGGUAUUUGAAGUUAAAUGGGAUUACUGUUGCAUUUAAUGAGUACCUAGAGAGUACAUACUUACUAGUAUAUUAGGCCUCACAGUUCACAUGUUAUUGGUCCCUUAUUGAACCCAAAUAUUUCCAGAUUUCCAG